AUGGCCAACGCUGACGGUGCGUCGAACGGAAUUGUCAUUGCAACUGAGAAGAAGACAUCUUCAAUCCUCAUUGACGACUCAGUCAUCGAUAAAGUGGCUGUAAUAUGCCCCAACAUUGGCAUCGUUUACUCUGGGAUGGGUCCCGAUUUCAGGAUUCUUGUCACAAAGGCGAGGAAGAGCGCUCAAGCCUACUGGAAGAUGUAUGGAACAUAUCCCCCAACACGAGUUUUGACCCAAGAAAUCGCCACCGUCAUGCAACAAGCAACCCAAUCCGGAGGUGUACGCCCUUACGGUGUUUCAUUGUACAACGAUGAUAUCAGCUUGGAAGACGCGAUUCAUACUGCGCUAUUGACCCUGAAAGAGGGUUUCGAAGGACAGAUGACGGAGAAGACCAUCGAAAUUGGAGUUGUCACAGUGCCGGCUCCCGAGGAACUAGAGGAAGAGAACAAGGACGGUGCAACUGGGAGAGUGAAACCGACUUUCAGGAAAUUAAGCGAGGAGGAAGUCCGCGACUAUCUCGCAUUGUAA